AUGGCAACCUUCUUAGCUUCUCGACUUUCGAGACCAAUUGUCCGCAGCAUCCGAAGGAACCUACAAACAUCGAGCAGAAUGUCUACUGCAUACACAGCAACCGUUACCAAGACCAGCACCGGUGCCGUGCCUGAUGAUGUAGCUUCCAAAUCUCACCACGUCACGGAUAAGCGUGGGAAUCGCAUCAAGUUCAGAAACCCACAUCCUUCCGCUGGCGAAGAACAUAGCGUCGUUGACGUCUUUAGGCGCAUGGGAAAAGCACGCAGGAAUGGCGAAAUGGACAUACCCUCAACAGCAAACCACAAGAUCAACGUCGUCGAGCCGACCUUCCUCCCCUCGCGAACAACCUCGGACCGCCUACGCGCGACGUGGCUCGGGCACGCCUGCUACUACGUCGAAUACCCCUCCGGGAUCCGCGUGCUCUUCGAUCCGGUGUUUGAGACGCACUGCUCGCCGCUGCCAGAGUUCCUCAGCUCGGCGUACCGCCGCCUUACGCCGGCGCCGUGCCAGGUGGCCGACAUACCCAUCAUCGACGCCGUCGUAAUAUCGCACUCGCACUACGACCACCUCUCCCACCCGACCGUCAAGCAGAUCGCCGCGCGGCACCCGCAGGCCCACUUCUUUGUCGGCCUGGGCCUGGCCCGUUGGUUCCGGAGCAGCGGCAUCGCCAACGUGACGGAGCUGGACUGGUGGGAGGAUGCCGAGCUGCGCCUCGAGGCCGACGACGGCUCCGUCGACGCCGCGGCGACCAUCUCGUGCCUCCCGUCGCAGCAUGCCUCCGGCCGCGGUCCCCUGGACAAGGACACAACCCUCUGGGCGUCGUGGGCCGUCUCGUCGGGCGGCAGAUCCGUGUGGUUCGCCGGCGACACGGGCUACCGCAAAGUGCCGGAGCUGGCCGCCGGCGAGGACGACUACGGGCCCCAGCACGCCUCCCUGCCGCGCAACCCGGAUUUUGCCAGGAUCGGCGUCCUCCGCGGGCCUUUUGACCUCGGCCUGAUCCCCGUCGGCGCCUACAGGCCGCGCUGGCUGUGGUCGCAGGUCCACGCGGACCCGUUCGACGCCGUCGAGAUCUUCAAGGACGCCAGGUGCAAGAGGGCCCUCGGCAAGCACUGGGGCACCUGGCAGCUGACCAGCGAGGACGUGGACGAGCCGCCGAGGCUGUUGAGGGAGGCCCUCAAGAGGUCGGGCAUCGCCGAGGAGGGGGUGUUUGACGUCUGUAGCAUAGGCGAGUCGCGGGAGUUUUGA